AUGAAAGGAAUCGACGAAUUUCUAGCAAAUAGAAAAAUAAAUUACAAAAAAGGUAAAGAUCUAGUUAUUCAAUUUACUGUAAAACACGAACAAAACAUUGAUUGUGGUGGUGGAUACGUUAAAGUAUCCUUGAAACUUGAGGAAUUACAUGGGGAAUCUCCAUACAGAAUUAUGUUCGGUCCCGAUAUUUGCGGACCUGGUACCAAAAAAGUACAUGUUAUCCUUAACUACAAGGAUAAAAAUGUUCUUAUUAACAAGGACAUCACAUCACAUCAAGGAUUACAAAUCGAUGAUGAAAAAGUAGAGUCUGGAGAGCUAGAAAGUGAUUGGGAUCUCCUUCCACCCAAGAAAAUCAAAGACCCAGAAGCCAAAAAACCAGAAGAUCGGGAUGACAGGGCCACUAUUCCAGACCCAGAUGACUCCAAACCUGAAGAUUGGGACAAGCCAGAACACAUCCCAGACCCAGAUGCUACCAAACCUGAUGACUGGGAUGAUGAAAUCGAUGACGAAUCGUAA